AGGGGGCUCGCGUGCGCAGUCGGGACCCAGAGGGGCGCGCGCGGUGGCCGGCACCGGAAGCGUGCGGUUGCCAUGUAAUAUCCUGGCCUGGGCGGGCGCGGAGCUGCCGAGCGGGUGGCAGAGGCGGUGCCGACUGGGGCCGCGGAGGCGCGCGGAAGGUCUGCGGCGCCCGGGAGCCUGUCGCUGGCGCGGUCCGGGCGGUGGGCUCGGUGGCGGGCGGCAGCAUGUCGGUGGCGGGGCUGAAGAAGCAGUUCUACAAGGCGAGCCAGCUGGUCAGUGAGAAGGUCGGAGGGGCCGAGGGGACCAAGCUGGAUGAUGACUUCAAAGAGAUGGAGAAGAAGGUGGAUGUCACCAGCAAGGCGGUGACCGAAGUGCUGGCCAGGACUAUCGAGUACCUGCAGCCCAACCCAGCCUCGCGGGCUAAGCUGACCAUGCUCAACACGGUGUCUAAAAUCCGGGGCCAGGUGAAGAACCCCGGCUACCCGCAGUCGGAGGGGCUCCUGGGCGAGUGCAUGAUCCGCCAUGGGAAGGAGCUUGGCGAGUCCAACUUUGGUGAUGCAUUGCUGGAUGCUGGUGAGUCUAUGAAGCGCCUGGCAGAGGUGAAGGACUCCCUGGACAUAGAGGUCAAGCAGAACUUCAUCGACCCCCUCCAGAACCUGUGCGAGAAGGACCUGAAGGAGAUCCAGCACCACCUGAAGAAGCUGGAGGGCCGCCGCCUGGACUUUGACUACAAGAAGAAACGGCAGGGCAAGAUCCCUGAUGAGGAGCUGCGCCAGGCACUGGAGAAGUUUGAGGAGUCCAAGGAGGUGGCGGAAACCAGCAUGCACAACCUCCUGGGGACGGAUAUCGAGCAGGUGAGUCAGCUCUCGGCUCUGGUGGACGCGCAGCUGGACUACCACCGGCAAGCCGUGCAGAUCCUGGAUGAGCUGGCGGAGAAGCUCAAGCGCAGGAUGCGGGAAGCUUCCUCUCGCCCCAAGCGGGAGUAUAAGCCCAAGCCCCGGGAGCCCUUUGACCUCGGAGAGCCUGAGCAGUCCAACGGGGGCCUCCCCUGCACCUCAGCCCCCAAGAUCACAGCUUCGUCGUCUUUCCGAUCUUCCGACAAGCCCAUCCGGACCCCUAGCAGGAGCAUGCCACCCCUGGACCAGCCGAGCUGCAAGGCGCUGUAUGACUUUGAGCCUGAGAAUGACGGGGAGCUGGGCUUCCGAGAGGGCGACGUCAUCACGCUGACCAACCAGAUCGAUGAGAACUGGUACGAGGGCAUGCUGGACGGCCAGUCGGGCUUCUUCCCGCUCAGCUACGUGGCGGUGCUCGUGCCUCUGCCACAGUGACUGGCCGGUGCCCACACCCUGCCCCUCCGUCCACACUGGCCGCCACCCCCUGCUGGGUCUCCUGCAUUCUACGGGGUCCCUCCUGCCAGGGCGGUGUCCCAGCCUGUCGGCGCCCUUGAGGUACUCCCUGAGCAGGGCUCCACACUUGGGUUGGGGGGCUUAUCUGCAUGGCUGGGGAUGCCUGUUUACACUAGUGCUGACCCUCAGUGGUGAUGGCUCCCUUCCCAACUCCAUGGCGCUGGCCGAGGUGGGGCAACACUACGGUGCUCUCAGAAACACUAAAGUUCCUCUGGGCGGUCCCCCUCUCCGUCCUGAUCUCACGGGGGCCCGGCCCACUGCCUGCCCUCGAGUGCUGCGGCCUUAACAGGAUGGGAUUGAGUGUCCCUACGGGGUGGCUCAGACAGGACCCUGGUUUUUGAGACAGAGUUUCGCUCUUGUUGCCCUGGCUGGAGUGCAGUGGUGUGAUCUUGGCUCACCACAACUUCCACCUCCCGGGUUCAAGCGAUUCUCCUGCCUCAGACUCCCCAGUAGCUAGGAUUACAGGCACGCACCACCAUGCCCGGCUAAUUUUAUAUUUUUAGUAGAGACAGGGUUUGUCCAUGUUAGGCUGGUCUCGAACUUCUGACCUCAUGAUCUGCUUGCCUUGGCCUCCCAAAGUGAGCCACUGCACCUGGCCUAAAUCCUGCUUUUAAAUCCCCUCCCAGCCUGGUGCUGGCGAUGGGCCCUGGUCCCACUCCAGGGCCACUGUACCCCUGCCUCACGCACACACACUCCUUGUGAUGAGGGCCAAGCACAAGGUCAGGGCAGAGGCCCUCAUCACUUCCCAGGCCUGAUGGCAGCUUGCAGCCUGGGGACAGAGGCCACCUGCGAUCCUUGGGGUAGCUCUGCCUGAGGACAGAAAAAAUGGCCUCCUGCAGGGCCCCAAGCUGCCAGGCCCCACCCUUCAAGUACCUUUUCAUUUUUUUUUUUUUUUGAGACGGAGUUUCGCUCUUGUUACCCAGGCUGGAGUACAAUGGCGUGAUCUCGGCUCACCGCAACCUCCGCCUCCUGGGUUCAGGCGAUUCUCCUGCCUCAGCCUCCCGAGUAGCUGGGACUACAGGCACGCGCCACCAUGCCCAGCUAAUUUUUUUGUAUUUUUAGUAGAGACGGGGUUUCACCAUGUUGACCAAGAUGGUCUUGAUCUCUUGACCUCGUGAUCCACCCGCCUCGGCCUCCCAAUAUGCUAGGAUUACAGGCUUGAGCCACCGCGCCCAGCCCCUUUUCAGCUUUUUAACUGCCCCCAGCCAGGCCCACAGAGGCCUGUGUCACUCAGGCACAAGCUGCCACCACCAGCCACCGACACACCCCCAGCACACCUUACACUUAAACGGGACCAUGGCCCUAGCCACCCUGCUGAGGGCCAAGCACAAAGGCUCCAGUGAGCAGAAUCUUCCAGUCCCUGGUGGCCAGGCCUCCCCUUUCUGAGCCACUGCCACCCCACCCCACCUUGUGGGAAGUGGCCCAGCCCUUUCCUCUAGACCAAGGCAGGCAGCCCGAGUCUCUGAGACCCCCUGCCCAGACCAGCAGGGCCGCAGCCCCAACAUGCUUCCUCUGUUGCCCAAUCCAAAAACUGAUGAAAUUGGGGGGGGUCCUCUGGGCCAGGCCACAUUCACAUUCCCCUCCUCCUGUGGCCCGGUGAAGCCUCUGGACCCCAGGCUCUGCUCUGCACCCCCCUUGUCAGCAGUACAUGGGGGGCAGACACGCCAGCAUAAGUGAGUACACAGCCUUGGGCAUGGUCCAGGGCAAACGGAAAUGUACACCUGAAUUUUGUAAACAGAAGUAUUAAAUGUCUCUUUCUACA